AUGGGGAAGGAGCAAUCCUUCGGACCACCGUCUCUGAUGACGUCACUUCCCGAAGACAUCAUUGUUGACAUCUUAGCGCGAGUAUCGAGAUGCAACUAUCCAACUCUUUCCCUAGUUUCUAAGCACUUCCGAUCACUCGUUGCGUCGCCUGAGAUAUACGCCAGACGGUCUUUGUUGGGCUGCACCGAACACUAUCUCUAUUUUGUCCUAUAUGAUAGAGACAACGGUUAUCACCGUUGGUAUAUUCUCAACUGGAAAGCCAACAGCAAUAGCCGCUUCGUCCUUAUCCCAUCGCUUCCCCAUAUACCUUACGAUGGAAGUUUUGUUGCGGUGGGUUCGAGGAUAUAUGUGUUUGGUGGGACUAACAAACACAAUAUGACAACGAGUGCGUUAACCAUCGAUUGUAGAUCUCACACGGUGCAACCUCUCCCCAGCAUGCCUGUGCCACUGUAUUAUGCAACCGCUGACAUCAUCAACGGGAGAAUUUACGUAGUUGGAAAUCGCAAUUAUUAUCACAGGGAGAAGACGAUGGUGGUGUUUAAUACAGAAACACAAACGUGGGAGGAGCCUGCGAUUAUAGAGCCAGACAUCGAGCUAGAUUACAUGGAUUAUGGGUGUGUGGUGAUGGCUGAUAAGCUGUACACGAGGGAUGUUCAUAACAGCUUUGUUUACGAUCCAAAGAAAAAUAAAUGGGAAACUGACGAGAUGCUGGAUAGAAAGGUGUGGAACAAUGCGUGUGUCGUCGACGACAUAUUGUACUACUUUGAUUGUGAUGAGAAGAGUUUAAGAGAGUAUGAUCCAAAGCAGAGGUGUUGGGGAGUGGUGAAAGGUGUGGAAGAAUUGUGGGCCAAGACAAGACUUGCAUGGUGGUCAAAGACUGUGAGUUACGGUGGGAGACUGGCUUUGUUUUGUAACUUUAAAGAAGAAGAAAGAAAACAAGAGAUUUGCUGUGCGGAGAUAUCGCUGGAAAGACGUCAAGGAGGAGAGACUUGGGGUCAAGUUGAGUUUUGUGGUCAUGUUUUGACUGGCAAUUUUAUCUUGGCGAAGAAACCUCUAGCUCUUAUGCUUUGA